CACAAACACACAAAAAUCAAUGGCUUCGGCUGCUCUAUCAGUAGCCAAAUCUUCUGUCCACGUCAGCAACAAUAAAGGAUCAUUCUCAGAGUUCACUGGCCUUCGAACCUCAUCUGCCGUUCCAUUCGGAGUCGGAAGGAAAAUUAACGAUGACUUGCUAUCUCUUGUUGCUUUCCAAACCUCUGUUGUAAGUUUUAAUUAUAAUUCCAUUCAUUUCAAUAUAUUCAUUGUGCUUUUAAACUAAAAAUAUACCAAAAUGUUUCGUAGAUGGGUGGAGGAAAAAAGAAUAAUAGUAGAGUAGUGGAGGCAAAAUUGAAGGUAGCCAUCAAUGUAUUUGGAAGAUUUGGAAGGAAUUUCUUGAGGUGCUGCCAUGGCAUGAAGGACUCUUCCCUUGAUGUCAUUGCCAUCAAUGACUCUGGCGGUGUCAUGCAAGCCUCUCACCUCCUCAAGUACGAAUCUACCCUCGGCAUCUUCGAUGCUGAUGUUAAGCCUGUUGGUACUGAUGGAAUCUCUGUUGAUGGAAAGCUCAUCAAAGCCGUCUCCGACUGUAACCCCAUCAAUCUCCCCUGGAAGGAUCUUGGUGUUGACCUGGUCAUUGAAGGUACCAGAGUUUUUGUCAAUAGAGAGGGUACUGGCAAGCAUAUCCAAGCUGGAGCUAAGCAAGUCCUCAUCACUGCCCCCGAAAAGGGUGAUAUUCCUACCUGGACAAGUUGAUCAACCAUACCUUUG